AAGGUGUGCUGUGGAACAGUGUGUAAUGAGAAUCAUUCCACAUCCCCUAGCUGACUUUGUGGGUGACAUGGCGGUAAGGAAACUGCUUCAAACGUUGAGGCAAUGUCAUCAUGUGCUUGUGUCAGUGACCUAUGAAUGGAACUGCUUGGGUUCCUUCAAUGCAAGGUCAAAGGGAAUUUUGAGACUGAUUGUUCCACUAUGGAUGGAGGGGAUGAUGGUAACCUUGUCAUCAAAAAGAGAUUCGUGACCGAGGCAGAACUAGAUGAGCGGCGCAAACGGAGGCAAGAAGAGUGGGAGAAAGUUCGAAAACCUGAAGAUCCAGAAGAAUGUCCAGAGGAGGUUUACGACCCGCGGUCCCUGUACGAGAGGCUGCAGGAGCAGAAAGACAGGAAGCAGCAGGAGUACGAGGAGCAGUUCAAAUUCAAAAACAUGGUGAGAGGCUUGGAUGAAGACGAGACCAACUUCCUUGAUGAGGUUUCUCGGCAGCAGGAAUUAAUAGAAAAGCAGCGAAGGGAAGAAGAGCUGAAAGAACUGAAGGAAUACAGAAGUAAUCUCCACAAAGUUGGAAUUUCUCCAGAAAACAAGAAGGAAGCGGAGAAGAAAGUGGCCGCGAAACCCAUAGAAACCAAGAACAAGUUCUCCCAGGCAAAGCUGUUGGCAGGAGCCGUGAAGCACAAGAGCUCAGAGAGUGGCAACGGUGUAAAAAGACUGAAAUCGGACCCUGACCCAGAUGACAAGAAUCCAGAGGCCCUGUCCUGCGUGUCUCUCGGAAGCACGUCCCUGAGCAGUCCCUCCAUCCACUGCCCCUCCGCCGCCGUCUGUAUCGGCAUCCUCCCGGGCCUGGGCGCCUACUCGGGGAGCAGCGACUCCGAGUCCAGCUCAGACAGCGAAGGCACCAUCAACGCCACCGGCAAGAUCGUCUCCUCCAUCUUCCGAACCAACACCUUCCUCGAGGCCCCCUAGCUCCCGUGCCCUCGCCGCAGGGAGCCCCUCCCCGGGAGGGGACUGGGUGGCACGUCUGCCUGCAGGCAUCGCCUCCCUCCGAGAACCGUGUGCCUGUCCCCUGUGCACACCGGGGCGUUUUUAACCUCGUCUAGACAACGUGCCGGCGUCCGCCUGGGGCACGACCUGCGUCUGGUUCCUUUCUCCACUCCGGUGCAGAUGCCCAGACCCGUCCCUCUGCCUUUCUCAACACGGACGUGGGGGUCGGGGGUCGGCAGAAGCUCCACUGAAAAUGCCCGGGGGAGGUGGGACCUCGGGCUUGCACCGGGUUUGGCUUACGUUGUUUUCUUGGGUUUUUCGGUUUGUUUGUGUUUUCCUUUUCCAACAGCACGGGGAAGCAAGGGCCACUCUCGGGCAGAUGUUACUUUAAACAUCCCGUUCUAGAUGAACACGCGGUUUGGCCACACUGCGCUGUGGAGACCCGGCGGGAGAGGGCGGCCCCGGGAGCUGGCCUGGCGCACUCCCCGGGGACUAACCGGUUCUGGAUGUUGCGUGACUCGGAUUAAAAACUGCAUCUGCAGGGGUGUCACGUAACACUC